AUGCCGGCCACGGAAGGAUAUAAAGGGCGUGACCUCGAAAGCGCCAACCCCAAACCCACCAUCGCAUCCGCAUCCGCAUCGACAUCGACAUGGACCCUCAACGAACAACACCCCAAUGCGCAACCCCAGACCAACUCCUUCGGGGGUCUCUUCACUCUCCACCCACCCCCAAGAAACGGCUACGACCUGCCCUUCUGGCACAAAUCCGUGAUCUUGUUCAUUGUCAGCUGGAUGACCCUCGCCGUGACCUUCUCGUCGACGAGUCUACUGCCCGCGACGCCGGAGAUCGCGGCCGAGUUCGCGACCACCACCGAGAUUCUAAAUGUGACGAAUGCCGGCGUGCUCCUGGCGAUGGGGUUCUCGUCAUUGAUUUGGGGCCCUCUGAAUCGGUUGAUCGGUCGCCGCGUCGCGUUCCUCCUGGCUAUUGCGGUACUUUGUGGGUGUUCUGUUGGCGCGGCUGUCGCGGGCGAUAUGCGUGUGUUCACGGCCAUGAGGGUCUUGGGUGGGUUGACGGGUACCGGGUUUAUGGUUACCGGGCAGACGGUUUUGGCGGAUUGUUGGGAGCCGACCGUCCGAGGAACAGCCGUCGGCUUCUUCAUGGCCGGGACCGUCACGGGCCCAGCGAUCGGCCCCUGCAUCGGCGGCAUCAUCGUCACCUUCGCCAGCUGGCGCAACAUCUACUGGGUACAAGUGGCCAUGACAGGGUUCGGACUCCUGCUUGCGGCGCUCUUCGUGCCAGACCUCUACUCCGUCGACAGAAAGGGCACCGCCAACCCCGAGAAACCGAGCACAGCGCCGUCCCACAACCUCCAGAACAUCCUUAAUGCCUUCAACCCAAUGCGUGUCUUCGAGCUCUGGAUCUACCCCAACAUCUUCCUCGCCGACCUAACCUGCGGCCUCCUCUCCACCUUCCAAUACGCAAUCCUGACCUCGGCCCGCUCAAUCUUCAACCCACGCUUCCACCUCUCCUCCGCCCUGGUCAGCGGACUCUUCUACCUCGCCCCCGGCGCAGGGUUCCUAGUCGGGAGUAUCGUAGGCGGGAGACUCAGCGACCGCACAGUCAAACGGUACAUCGUCAAGCGCAACGGCACGCGCCUCCCACAGGACCGGCUCAACAGCGGCCUGCUCACGCUGCUGGGCGUCCUGCCCGCCGCGGCGCUGGUGUACGGCUGGUCGCUGCAGGAGCGCCAAGGCGGCAUGCCUUUGCCCAUCAUCGCGGCGUUCUUCGGUGGGGUCGGUCUGAUGGGCAGUUUUAACGGGUUGAAUACUUAUGCUGCUGAGGCCCUCCCGCACCGCCGGUCGGAGGUCAUCAGCGGGAAAUAUAUCAUUCAAUACUUGUUUUCGGCUGGGAGUAGUGCGGCGGUUGAUCCGUUGAUCCGGGUCAUUGGGGUGGGUUGGACGUUUACGAUUUGUGUGUUCUUUUCGAUUGUGGGGGGUGGGUUGGUUUUGGUUGUUACGCGGUGCGGGGUGGAUAUGCAGCGGUGGGCGCAGAGGCGGUUUGGGGUUCAGUUGUGA